AUGUCUCGAUCAACAUCAGCCUCUGAUAGCAGCUACAGCAGCAGCAACAAAAACACAUUGAGUUUCUCAUCACCGUACAAAGUUCAAACAUUGGACCAGAUACCGACGCCAUUGCUGAAAUUGCUGGUCGUUCUCGGCCCCACAUUACAAAGCACUGCGAAAUUUGUCGACAUCCUCAUGUGGCGAACAAAGCAGCCUCGACAGUCUGUACUGCUGGUGUUGUUAUGGAUAUGCUUGUGCUUAUGGACCUGGCAAUGUCUGGCAUUUGGAUUACCUACUCUUGUUGUGUAUAAAUUAUCCCGCGAUUGGUUGUUUGUCAAGACGAGCAAGAGCCGCAGAGAAGCCAUGGAGAAGAAGCGUCAAGAGCAGCGACUAAAGCGUGAAGCCCAGCUGGAAGAGGACUACAGCGAUGAUGAGAGAAUCACUCAGCUUCGAUUGCAACAGCAAAAGGAGGAGGAAGAUGAAUUGAUCAGCCGUAAAAUUCGACCUGAUGGAGAGGUAUCGCUGGACGAUACGCUGGAGGAUUUAGCCAUUGUCAACACUUUUAUCGAUCACGUUCGUUUGCAGAUCAAGAGAAUGUUGAUACAUGUAGAUGGAACUCGUGCAGACACUGCUAUUAGCUGCCUCAGCGUGUUGCUGUAUACCUGGCCUUUGUGGAUCUUGAUUUGCUGGAUUGCUGGAGCUCAUUUAGUGAUGGCUGUCGCUGGUGCGUUGUUACUUGUAAGCCCCUCGCCUUGGUUCCACAUUAUUGUCAUGUCAUUACGUAACAAUAUCGUAUUGAAGCAUGCACUGGCCGCCGCGUGGGCUUAUGGCGUUGCAUUUAUUACGACAUCAUUAGCUAGUUGUACCUUCAAGAAAAAGGCGUCGAUUCAAAGAAAAAGGGAAAACAAGAAGGCUAAAGUCAAAGGCUGGAUUUCAUCCAUAUUGACCAGGGCCAAAUCAGAGAAAUCAAAAGCAUUGGGUGUCAUUGAAAGCAAGGAAAAGAUAGAAGAUGGAAACAAGGGCACUCGCAGUGAGAUGAUAUUCCAAUUCGAGGUGUAUGAGAAUCAGAGAUGGUGGCUAGGUGUGAAUUGGACAACCAACAUGAUGCCCAGCGAAAGAGGGCCAUGGACAGAUAAUCAGCUGAAGGCCAUCCCUCCCAAAGAAGAAUUUGAGUUGCCAGAGCCUACGCUUCAGACAGCCAUCAUCAACAAGGACGGCAAGCAAGUUGAGCGCACUACCAACAAAGUCUGGAGCUGGGCUGACGGAGACUGGUGGGUGGAUAUGACCGGUGAGAUCGACGGCAAAGUGGAUCACAAUGGCUGGGAAUACGGCAACAAUGCAUGGAAGCAAUUGAAUGGAACACCUGGUAUGCAGACAUUCACAAGAAGACGUCGUUGGUGUCGUAGAGCUAGACUGGUUGAGCGUGAAACUGAUCAAGAAUUACCAAACAGUACAAAUAGCAAUAAAAAGACGGUUUAG